AUGAAUCUUCUACGCCGGGUUUCAGCUAUCUUUCGGAGGGGCACGGAGUCUGAAGAAACACUGCAGGAACAACCUCAAGAUAACUCCAAGUUGAAGUCUAUCCAGGGAAUUGUGACCCAUCUUUGUUCUGACUAUGGCUGGAUUAAUGAAUCCAUCUUUUUCAAUACUGAAGUGGUCAGUGACAACGUGCCUGUGAACAUCGGAGGCAGUGUCAUUGCUCUCGUUGAAGAAGAUGAAACAUCUCAUGUACUGAGAGCAAUCAAGGUGAAAGCCAUGAAUAAUUCUGUUGGCGGUACUGACCUUUCAGAAGUCAAUAAAAGACUUUGUAUUAGGUGUGUCACCUCAGUAACACAGGACAACGUCUAUAUCAGUCAGGAAAAUUUUUUCCCUGUCCAGCUGUUUUCGGGAGGAUUUUUGCCUUUUAAAGGAGAUUUGUUGCUGGUUGAAUAUUCCUUGAAGCCGGGAACUUCAAACAUCACUAUCCACACUGUGAGCCUCCUGAACUCCCAAAAUAUGGAUGAGGUCUGUGUGACCAGCGUUGAUGGAAGAACUGGUGUGGUGGAAGCCAGCAUCUUUUUUAAUUUGGACUCUCUGCAUACUCUGCCUGGUUAUACACCUUCAUUAUAUGACAUCGUGAAUGUGGUUGUAGUAGACAGCAUCCAAUCUCACUACUCUCGUAGAGUGGUGUCCAUGAUACCAGUAGACACGCUGUAUUAA